GUGUAAUUCUCACUGCAUUGGCUCUGUGAGUAGAGAAUUACUAAAAGGGCAUAUAUUUGAAGAAGAAGCGAUUUUGUAACUUUGUUGUGAGGAUAACAAAUUUGAAGCUUCGGCUUCGGCUUUUUUGUUGGGUACCUACAUUGGCCCUUUGACGUCUCGAUUUCUUCUUUCCAUUCUUUGGCCAAAAAAAUGUUUGCUUUGGCUUUUACCCAGAUCUGGGUAUUCACUACUUCUAAUGUUCUUCGUCUUCUUUAGCUUUAAUUUGCUUGGAAUUUCACUUUAUUUUCGUUUCCAUUGCUCUGAUAUGUAAGAAAGAUUUGUUUUUCUGGUAUUUGCGUCAAAUCCCAGAUGAAUUCGCCAGCUGCUGCAAGACAUUUCUAGGGUUUUUUCUGUUUCUAGUUUUAGCAACUUCCGUCCUUAGCCGGCAUCUCACUUUCUAAAAUGGGAAAGACUCCCAGUCCUCAUAAAUGGAUCAAGAAUCUUCUGGGGAAGAAGCCAUCGAAGUCAAGUUCCACGAGAGGGAGCCACAAGUUGAAAUCUGCUAAGAAAGAAGAAAUGGUGGCAUCUGUGAAGGAUGAUGUCUCGAACUUACCCAUUGAUCCUCCUGUAGUUUCUGGCACUGUAGUGACUGAGGAAAAACCAAGUGAAGAGUUCGAUAUUUCUUCUGUGAAAGAAGACAAUGUAGGCAAUGAGUUAAACAUUAACCCGGAUUCAGAGACCGGUUCAGGAGAAUUGACGCGUGAACAAGCCGCCAAAACGGUUCAGACUGCUUUCAGAGCUCAUCAGGCUCGUAGGGAAUUUCGAACCCUUAAAGGUACCAUCGGUCUGCAGGCAGUUAUCCGAGGUCGCCUGGUCAGAAGACAAGCUAUUGCUACAUAUUCAUGUAUCUGGGGGAUUGUUAAGUUACAGGCCCUUGUCCGUGGCCAAAAAGCAAGAUCUUCGGAUGACGGACUUCAACUUCGGGAAAGAUUUACGGAAGCCAGAAAGUCUGAAACUUUGCAAGAAAGUGCAUGCAGUUGGAUGGAGAAUGCCUCAAAACUUUCUAUAAUUGACAAGCUUCUGGUUUCGUCACCAACUGCAUUACCUCUGAAACUCCAAUAUGAUCACGAGAACCCUAAUUCGGCCAAGGUUUGGCUUGCACGCUGGACAAGACUGAAAAUUUGGUCACCUGGUUCCCGAUCAAGUAAGAGUUUGAUUUCAAAACCUGUUACAAAGAAGCGGAAUUUCCAGACGAUUGAAACAGAAAAGGGGAGGCCGAAACAAGGCAUCAAGAAGAAACCAUCUGGCCAAAACACUGAAAAUAACUCUGGCCAUUCGACAGCUGAGAAUGAGAAACCGAAACGAAAUGUGAGGAAGGCUUCCACACUUGUUGGUAAAGAGCUUCCACGAAUUGAGAAUGGCAAGGCAAAAGAGAGUUCGAGAAAAAAUACUAUUUCAUCAAUGGAGGGUUCUCCUUUGGAGGUUAAAGAUGAGAAGCCUAAGCCUAGUCUCAAGAAGCCAGAGAGAGACACCCAUAAAUCUGCUGAGAAGAAAAAAGAUAAUGCAGAUCCAGAGCAGAAAGAUCUUGAUGUGGAGGCUUCGGCUUCUUCUGAUGACGUGCCUGUGGAAAAGAAGGGCGAUGUCCCAAAUGCAGUUUCGAAGGAUUCUAAUUUCGAUAAAGAUGAGAAAUCGGAAGGUCUGGGAAAGUCCGAGCAAGAUGAGCUCAAUGCUGUUGUGAGCAAUGACAAAGCUGAAGAUGGCAAUGAUACGGUUGUGGAGUUACGCUCUGAGAAUGGUAAUCUCGGUUCUGAAAACACAAAGGCAAGCGAUAGACGAGCCUCGUUGCCUGCAAAAAUUGAUGACCAAGAUGAUGGGCUUACGCAAAGUGCACGUAAGCUUCCAAGUUACAUGGCGCCGACUGAAUCCGCAAAGGCCAGGGUGAAGGGACAAGGCUCUUCGAGGUUUGCCCAAGAGAGGCGACAUUCUCUGUCUUCUUCCUCAGCCAACGGCAAGCUGAGUUCAAUGACCCCGAGGGCACAUCGACUGCUUUUAGCCUCAGGGAAAGGAUCGAUGAACAGUGACAGAGCUUUUUCGGGUGAUAAGUCCAUCAAAGCCGAGUGGAAAAGGUGAAAGCCUCAACCAAAGAGAAGACAAUCCAAGAGUAAUCUAACCGUCUUACAAUAUCCAACAAGCUUGAAACUUUCGAUUUACAGUGAUUUCUGCGUAUUUGGUGUUCAUCACACUCCUUGAUAUGUCUGUCCAGUUUACUCAGAUGUUUGCCGACAGAAAAGGGUUCAUAUAUUGCCUCUGGAAACAAGCAGUUCAUGUCUAA